AGUGCCUGUAUGUGUGUGAGUGUGAGAGAAUGUGUGCGUGCGUGUGUGUGUGCGCGCGCGUGUGUCUCUCUGGGUCCCUGGGAGAGUGGAGGCUCAUUCACUGAUUAGAGCCAGCGCUGAGAGGCAGCACUGCUCCUUCUCUCACGCCAACCGAGUCUCUUGAUCUGUACAUGCAAUCCCAGGCAGCUCGCGAACACAAACCCGGGGCCAGCCGCCUACUGCUGCUGCUGCCGCUGCCGCCGCCGCCGCCGCCGCUGCCUCCGCCGGCUCUGCGCGCCCGGGACUUUUCAUGCACCGCACUCUCCGCCUUCUUCCCUCCGUGUCCUGAAAAGUGCGGCCGUUCUCCCAAGGAAUUUCCACGGCAAGUCUUAGAAGGGAAUGAUUCCCCAGUAAUAUCCCCUGGCCUGAUCCAAGGUGCCACUCAGCCUCCCUCCCAGGGAAGAUUGCUUCUUGUGUAACGCCGGCCACAGAAAGAGACUCCAAUGGACUUACACCGGGCAGCCUUCAAGAUGGAGAACUCUUCCUACCUCCCCAACCCUCUGGCAUCCCCAGCACUGAUGGUCCUGGCGUCCACGGCUGAGGCCAGCCGUGAUGCUUCCAUCCCUUGUCAGCAGCCACGACCCUUUGGUGUACCUGUCUCAGUAGACAAGGACGUGCAUAUUCCAUUCACCAACGGCUCCUACACCUUUGCUUCUAUGUACCAUCGGCAAGGUGGGGUGCCAGGCACUUUUGCCAAUCGUGAUUUCCCCCCUUCUUUACUACACCUCCACCCUCAAUUCGCUCCCCCAAAUCUAGAUUGCACCCCAAUCAGUAUGCUGAAUCACAGUGGUGUGGGGGCUUUCCGGCCCUUUGCCUCCACCGAGGACCGGGAGAGCUAUCAGUCCGCCUUCACGCCGGCCAAGCGACUUAAGAACUGCCAUGACACAGAGUCUCCCCACUUGCGCUUCUCAGAUGCAGAUGGCAAGGAGUAUGACUUUGGGACACAACUGCCAUCUAGCUCCCCAGGUUCACUUAAGGUUGACGACACUGGGAAGAAGAUUUUUGCUGUCUCUGGCCUCAUUUCUGAUCGGGAAGCCUCAUCUAGCCCAGAGGAUCGGAAUGACAGAUGUAAGAAGAAAGCAGCAGCGUUGUUUGACAGCCAGGCCCCAAUCUGCCCCAUCUGCCAGGUCUUGCUGAGGCCCAGUGAGUUGCAGGAGCACAUGGAGCAGGAAUUGGAACAGCUGGCCCAACUGCCCUCAAGCAAGAAUUCCCUUCUGAAGGAUACCAUGGCUCCAGGCACCCCCAAGUCCCUCCUGUUGUCUGCAUCCAUCAAGAGGGAAGGAGAGUCACCAACAGCGUCACCACACUCAUCUGCCACUGACGACCUGCACCAUUCAGACAGAUACCAGACCUUUCUGCGAGUGCGAGCCAACCGGCAGACCCGACUGAAUGCUCGGAUUGGGAAAAUGAAACGGAGGAAGCAAGAUGAAGGGCAGAGGGAAGGCUCCUGCAUGGCUGAGGAUGAUGCCGUGGACAUCGAGCAUGAAAACAGCAACCGCUUUGAGGAGUAUGAGUGGUGUGGGCAGAAGCGGAUACGGGCCACCACUCUCCUGGAAGGUGGCUUCCGAGGAUCUGGCUUCGUCAUGUGCAGCGGCAAAGAGAACCCGGACAGUGAUGCUGACUUGGAUGUGGAUGGGGAUGACACUCUGGAGUAUGGGAAGCCACAAUACACGGAAGCUGACGUCAUCCCCUGCACUGGCGAGGAGCCUGGUGAAGCCAAGGAAAGAGAGGCACUCCGGGGCGCAGUUCUAAAUGGCGGCCCUCCCAGCACACGUAUCACACCCGAGUUUUCUAAAUGGGCCAGUGACGAGAUGCCAUCCACCAGCAAUGGCGAAAGCAGCAAGCAGGAAGCCAUGCAGAAGACCUGCAAGAAUAGUGACAUUGAGAAAAUCACUGAAGAUUCUGCUGUGACCACGUUUGAGGCCCUGAAGGCGCGGGUCAGGGAGCUUGAACGGCAGCUAUCUCGUGGGGACCGUUACAAAUGUCUCAUCUGCAUGGACUCGUACUCGAUGCCCCUAACGUCUAUCCAGUGUUGGCACGUGCACUGCGAGGAGUGCUGGCUGCGGACCCUGGGGGCCAAGAAGCUCUGCCCUCAGUGCAACACGAUCACAGCCCCCGGAGACCUGCGGAGGAUCUACUUGUGAGCUAGCUAUCCCAGGCAGGCCUUGCCUCGAGCAGCCCCACCUGCCCCCAGCCUCUGUGACAGUGACCCUCUCCCCUUGUACAUACUUGCACACAGGUUCCCAGUGUACAUACAUGCACAUACUCACACACACACGCGCACACACACAUACACACACACACAACUCUGGAGCCAGAGUGGAGGCUGAGGCCCAGGCACUACCUGCUGGCUCUUCCCCAUGGUUUGGGGGCCAUGCCUGUUCCAGCCUCUGUUCCCAGGGUGGGGCAGGGAGGUGGGGGUGGGGGGAGUAGCGGGCAAGGCUCCUGAGAUCCAGCCCCAGACUGACAGACGGACCGACAACAUGCAGACACCAGACUGAAGCACAUGUAAUAUAGACCGUGUAUGUUUACAAUGUUGUGUAUAAAUGGGACGAUUCCUUGCCCUCCACCUAUCCCCCCCUUUGGUUGUAUGAUUUUCUUUUUUUAAGAAGCCCUAGAAGCAGUGCCUCCUUGAGGGCUGGCUGGGGGCUCGGCCCAUCCACCUCUUGGGAGGCCUGCCUCUCCCUCUCCCGUGGUGUCCCUUCUCUCUCCCAUGUGCUCGGUGUUCAGUGGUGUAUAUUUCUUCUCCCAGACAUGGGGCACAUGCCCCGAGGGACAUGAUCCUCUCCUUAGUCUUAGCUCAUGGGGCUCUUUAUAAGGAGGGGGUGGGGGGCAGGAAAUGGGGACCGAGCUGAAGCAGAGGCUGAGAUGGAGGCUGGAUGCAGGUGCUCCUGGCUUCCCAGCCUUCUGCUGAGAACCAUCCCUGGGAUUAGAGCUGCUGUUCCCAGGGGAGAAGUGUUGUCUUCCCCAUUCCUCCCGUGGACCCCAUGGUGUGAUGCUGUGUCUGUAUAUUCUAUACAAAGGUACUUGUCCUUUCCCUUUGUAAACUACAUUUGACAUGGAUUAAACCAGUAUCAACACUU